UACUACUUACUACUAAAAAAAAAAAAAAAAAAAAACUAUUAGGUACCAGAAUAAAGAAACGGUGCGAAUCUUUCAGUUGAGUGGAAGAAAACGUGGCAACCGGCAAAAUGGAAAAUAUUACAACAGCUGCAAUACUGACACUUGCUAUUCUCUGCCAAUUGGUUUUCGAGGCGAGAAGCAACCUGCUACUGGAAAAGCUAGAUGACCCACUUGUCUGGAAGGGUUCUUAUAUACUAGAGGUAAAAUUAUCCGUAACAGAACUUCUACGAAUUAGCGAAACAUUAGAUUCGGCAGUGCAAAAUUAUAAUGAAACUUGUCGACUACUUACAAAGAAAAUUCCGAAGACCCAAUGUAACCUUAUGAUACAGGAUCUCGAAUACACAGUAAAAAGGGGGGAAGAAAUGGAACAAUUUAUAAGAGGUUUUUUUCCAAGCAGAAAAACAAGGGGUUUUUUGACUUGGAUUGGAGCGAUGGAUUCAGAUGAUAGGGCAAGAGUUGAUAAAAAUGUGGACACAUUAAGAAAAAACGAGGAAUCUCUUAAAAACUCGAUCAAUCAUCAAACAAGCACGGUAGAUGCAAUGUACAAAUUCAUUGACAAUUCGAUGCUCCGAAUUGACGACAGAAUUAAAAAGGUUUCAGACAAUUUUAACAAAUUAGAACAAAUAGUCGAAGGUAAUUUAAACUUCACAAAUUCAAUCAAAAACAUAGUGUAUUUGGAAUCAGAACUACUCGAGAUCGGAUUUCGUAUUCAAAGUUUAACGGAAAGUAUAAAAUAUUACCAAAAUAUCAUUAUACAGAUAUUACUCACUAAAACCCAAGGCAUGACAUGGGUCAUACAACUAAUUGAACCUUCCCAUAUAUUUUCGCUUUUAGAGAGAGCAAAAAGCAGUCUUCCAAAGGACGUAAUAUUCCCCAAAAAAGAAAUUGAACGGUGAAAUAAUAUCUGAAAUUCUAAACCUCAUAGAACUUUCUUGGGAAACCAUGAAUAAUGAGAUUCUAAUCCUUAAGCUUAAAAUCCCAUUAGUUUUAAAACAAACCUUUGUGGCUUAUAAAGGGAUAACCUUACCACAAAUAAAUGGUACACUGGUUGCAUUAAUUGGUUUAGAUAAAAAUAUAUUGAUACAAGAAGUUGAUCGAGACUGGGGUUUCGUGAUCCCAGAAUCAACGUAUAAUCAAUGUCAGCGCUUUACAACAUAUAGAAUAUGCGACUUCAAUUCCAUUGAAAUAGGAUUAAAUUCAGAGGAAGAAUGUCUCCUAAACCUCAGAUUUAGAAAUUCAUCAAAAAAUUGUAAAGUUAGAAUUGUAAACAUUACGAAAGAUACGUGGUUUGCAACAGAAGACCCAAAUAUUUGGGAAUAUGUCACUCCAUAUGAAAUCAGAAUUAAUGUAUUUCAUGGAUUUAAUCACUCUUUUAUGAACAUAAAAGGGAAUGGAAAAAUAAACUUAAUACCAGGAAUGAUGAUAAUUUCAAACUUCACUAAAUUAACAUACACGAACAUAACAAUAUUUGACAGUACAGCAUAUAUCUAUACGCACACCACGAAAAAAUUAAACUUUACCUUAGAUACUUGGGAAACGUUAAUGGUCCCCACAUUAAAGGAAAAUAAAUCACUCUAUUCCAUCUACGAUCACAAAAAAUUAUUUGAGCUCGGGGUGGAUAUAGGAGAUCUAAAAAACUCAAAACCUGUUUUAGAAAAUAUGAUCUAUUCCCCUUUAUCGUCACCAUGGACUAUUUACAGCUUAUCUGCGGGGACAGUUAUUAUACUGAUCAUUAUAAUAAUUUCGUUCAUUUGUUGUUUUAAAGGGAACAUUUCUUGUCAUAAGGAGUAUCAUACGAAAACACCGUCUCGAUAUAAUAAAUCAGACAUUUUACAUUUAGGAGUCAUAAACAACCCACAUAAAAUUGUCCAAGAUAAUCAAAAUACAAGAAAAAGUUCCCAAUGUAGUACAGGAUUGAAAACGGAACAGAAAUUAAGUGUACACAAAUCUAGAGAUCUUCCAGCCCUUCCGAUAAUAGGAGAAAAGGAAGAAUACUACCUUGAAGCUUAUUUGGAACUCCCAGAACAUACAAAAAAACUCUCACUUCAAUCGAAAAUAACAGACAACAAAAUCAAUAAUAAAAACUUAAGACACUCCACCAUGCAGAGGGGAGCGCCUUUAAGACGAACAGUCAAUUACUAA